AUCGGUGUCCAUUUCUUUGCAAAAGUUGAAACUGAGAGCAUCUUCAAUUAUUAACACUUACAGAAGAGAAAGAGAAGGCGAUCCAAAGGAUAAAGAGAGAGUAUGGGAGAAGAGUCAGAGGCUUUUGCCACUACGGCGCCACUUGCUCCAGUGACCGGUCAGCGAAAAGUAAGGAAAGACUUGGAGGAAACAUUACCUAAACCAUAUUUAGCAAGAGCACUAGUAGCUCCAGAUACAGAGCAUCCGAAUGGAUCAGAAGGUCAUGACAGCAGAGGAAUGAGUGUUAUGCAACAACACUGUGCUUUCUUCGACCAAAACGGCGAUGGAAUCGUCUAUCCUUGGGAGACUUAUGCAGGAUUCCGUGACCUUGGUUUCAACCCAAUCUCUUCUGUUUUUUGGAGCAUAAUCAUAAACUUAGCGUUUAGCUACGUUACACUUCCGAGUUGGUUGCCAUCCCCACUAUUACCUGUUUACAUCGAUAACAUACACAAAGCCAAACAUGGGAGUGAUUCAAGCACCUAUGAUACUGAAGGAAGGUAUGUCCCGGUUAAUCUCGAGAACAUCUUUAGCAAAUAUGCGCUAACGGCUCCAAAUAAGAUAACAUUAAAAGAGCUUUGGAACCUAACCGAGGGAAACCGAAUGGCAAUCGAUCCUUUUGGAUGGCUUGCGAAUAAAGUUGAAUGGCUACUAGUCUAUCUACUUGCUAAGGAUGAAGAAGGGUUCGUGUCUAAAGAAGCUGUGAGAGGUGUCUUUGAUGCAAGUUUAUUUGAAUACUGUGCUAAAAAGAAUAAAGAGAAGGCCGAUUCUCGCAAGCAAGACUAAGCAUUUAAUUUGCUAAUUAUCUUUUAAUUUAUCUGUUUGUAUUAUUAUGCCCUCAAUCUUAAUUAUGAAAAGGACAGAUAAACAAAAAAAUCUAUGUGGAAUAAUUGUGUUCUUGAUUAUAUUGUUGUGUAAAAUUUGUUGAAUAAAUAAUAUGAGAUUUUCAUUAA